AUUCUUCCAGAUUGUCCAAUAAGGUUUCAGAGGGAAGUGAUUGCUGUGAUAGAACAAAAUGGGACUUUGCCUCAGGACCAGGCCGGCCCACUAACACUCUGCAACCAACCAAACUCAAGAGGUUACUUCCACUGUGGCAACACAUCGUUUAAUGCUUGGCAGAACUGAUGGGCUUAUGUGACACCUGACUAACUCUAAUUUCCACUCUGCAAGAGACUGAAAGGUAGCCCUGGUCAUAAUGAGCACAGAAAGGGCCGAGCAGGUCUUCAUUGAUACCUACUCCACUACAACACACACACUGAGCAUGCAAAAUGAGGGCAGGCAGCUACGAUACAUGCAGAAAGAUGGCAGUUUCCCUGUGGUUUUCCAGAAGGUCCCUGGAGACUGGAGCCCAUACCUGAUGGACAUCUUCACCACUCUUGUGGAGAUCCGCUGGAGGAUGAUGCUUCUCAUCUUUUCCCUCUCUUACAUUCUCUCCUGGCUCUUUUUUGGCCUCUGUUAUUGGUUCAUUGCACAUGUACACGGAGACAUUGACAAUGUAGAUAAUGAACUCUGUGUGGACAAUGUGCGUGGCUUCACUGGAGCCUUUAUGUUCUCGAUGGAGACCCAGGCAACUAUUGGUUAUGGUUUUAGGGGGAUGACUGAGAACUGUAUCGUGGCCAUUAUUGUUGUGACAGUUCAAGAUGUAUUUAGCUGCCUCCUUGACACCAUUGUCAUUGGUAUUGUUGUUGCUAAGAUGGCAUCUGCUCGUAAGAGGGCUCAGACGGUGGGUUUUAGCCACUGUGCAGUGGUCAACCUGCGAAACGGGGUUCUGUGUCUGUCAUGGCGACUUGGAGAUUUCAGAGGUAAUCACAUCCUAGAGGGUGUCGCCAGGGCCCUGUUAGUCCGCUCUGUAAGACAGCCACAGGGCAAUGUUUUGAUGUCAUACCAGGACCUUGACAUCCAGAAUCGAGACAUUGUCCUCGCCACACCAGCCACUAUUAUUCACAAGCUGGAGCCUGGCAGUCCCCUCUACAGCCUGGGCCCUGACGACCUGCUGGGGGAUGACUUUGAACUGGUGGUGUCCUUUACCUACACCGGUGACUCUACAGGUAUGCUCCACCAGACGCGAACCUCCUACACACCAGCAGACAUCCGCUGGGGUCAGCGCUUCCAGAACAUGCUGAAACUGGGCAAGAAGCACUACAAGGUGGACUAUGCUCUGUUCAAUGAGACCACGUGGGUGCCGGUGCCCCUGCUCAGUGCAGAGGAGUUUGACAGGAGGAAACAUCCUGUAGAGGGCAGUCAGUCCCACAGUCCACUCUUUCCAUCAGUCAAAAGAAACAGACACACUUGCCAGAUGAAUCCUAACAUCACUGGAGAGGUGAUGCAGCAAACCUGUUUGUAGCAACCAGAAAUCUGUACAUUAUAAUAAUGUGUAGAGUGCACUUAUCCCAUAAGUUUUAAGGAUCUAACAGUGUGGUAAGAUGUGCUCUUGUAAAUAUAUUUAUGUGUGACUUUAUAUGACUUUAUAAUAUAACUGCUUUUUUAUGCUUUAGAUGCAUAAAAUCCAUCAUCACACAUGUAAGUCAAAUAAAAGUCGCAUUGUCCUUGUAAAA